CCCGGGAAGUAGUCUGCGCAGGCGCUGUAGCACCGCGGAGCUUUCUGGGUAAAGAUGGACGUCCACGAUCUCUUUCGCCGGCUCGGCGAGGGUGCCAAAUUCGACACGAGACGCUUUUCGGCAGACGCAGCUCGAUUCCAGAUAGGAAAAAGGAAAUAUGACUUUGAUUCUUCGGAGGUGCUUCAGGGACUGGACUUUUUUGGAAACAAGAAGUCUGUCCCAGGUGUGUGUGGAGCAUCACAAACAUAUCAGAAGUCCCAAAAUGAAGAGAAAAACGAGAGCAUAACUGAAAGGAAGAGGGAGCAGAGCAAGAAAAAAAGGAAGACGAUGACUUCAGAAAUUAUUUCCCAAGAAGAAGGUGCUACUAUACAGUGGAUAUCAUCUGUAGAAGCAAAGAUUGAAGACAAAAAAGUUCAGAGAGAAAGUAAACUAACUUCCGGAAAGUUGGAGAAUCUCAGAAAAGAAAAGAUAAACUUCUUGCGGAAUAAACACAAAAUUCACGUCCAAGGAACCGAUCUUCCUGACCCAAUUGCUACAUUUCAGCAACUUGACCAGGAAUAUAAAAUCAAUUCUCGACUACUUCAGAACAUUCUAGAUGCAGGUUUCCAAAUGCCUACGCCAAUCCAAAUGCAAGCCAUCCCAGUUAUGCUGCAUGGUCGGGAACUUCUGGCUUCUGCUCCAACUGGAUCUGGAAAAACAUUAGCUUUUAGCAUUCCUAUUUUAAUGCAGCUGAAACAACCUGCAAAUAAAGGCUUCAGAGCCCUGAUUAUAUCACCAACACGAGAACUUGCCAGCCAGAUUCACAGAGAGUUAAUAAAAAUUUCUGAGGGAACAGAAUUCAGGAUACACAUGAUCCACAAAGCAGCAGUGGCAGCCAAGAAAUUUGGACCUAAAUCAUCUAAAAAGUUUGAUAUUCUUGUGACUACUCCAAAUCGACUAAUCUAUUUAUUAAAGCAAGAUCCCCCCGGAAUCGACCUAACAAGUGUUGAGUGGCUUGUAGUAGACGAAUCAGAUAAACUGUUUGAAGAUGGCAAAACUGGGUUCAGAGACCAGCUGGCUUCCAUUUUCCUGGCCUGCACAUCCCACAAGGUCCGAAGAGCUAUGUUCAGUGCAACUUUUGCAUAUGAUGUUGAACAGUGGUGCAAACUCAACCUGGACAAUGUCAUCAGUGUGUCCAUUGGAGCAAGGAAUUCUGCAGUAGAAACUGUAGAACAAGAGCUUCUCUUUGUUGGAUCUGAGACUGGAAAACUUCUGGCCAUGAGAGAACUUGUUAAAAAGGGUUUCAAUCCACCUGUUCUUGUUUUUGUUCAGUCCAUUGAAAGGGCUAAAGAACUUUUUCAUGAGCUCAUAUAUGAAGGUAUUAAUGUGGAUGUUAUUCAUGCAGAGAGAACACAACAACAGAGAGAUAACACAGUCCACAGUUUCAGAGCAGGAAAAAUCUGGGUUCUGAUUUGUACAGCUUUGCUAGCAAGAGGGAUUGAUUUUAAAGGUGUGAACUUGGUGAUCAACUAUGACUUUCCAACCAGCUCAGUGGAAUAUAUCCACAGGAUAGGUCGAACUGGAAGAGCAGGGAAUAAGGGAAAAGCAAUUACAUUUUUCACUGAAGAUGAUAAGCCAUUAUUAAGAAGCGUUGCCAAUGUUAUACAGCAGGCCGGGUGUCCUGUACCAGAAUACAUAAAAGGUUUUCAGAAACUACUAAGCAAACAAAAGAAAAAGAUGAUUAAGAAACCAUUGGAAAGGGAGAGCAUUAGUACAACUCCAAAAUGUUUCUUAGAAAAAGCUAAGGAUAAACGGAAAAAGGUCACUGGUCAGAACAACAGGAAGAAAGUAGCUCUUGAAGACAAAAGUUAAAAACAGACUUUAAAAAUACUGUCCCAGAAAUGUAAUUUUAUGAUCCCAGCAUGAAUGUUGUUUUCAUGGAAUACUUGAAGUCUUACAGUCACCUGUAUCAAACAUUUGAAAUCAACUACAAGUACAUAGGAUUGGUGAUAAAUGAUCCUAAACUAUCAAGUCAAUUUCAAUUUGUAGGUGCCUUUUUUUUUUUCCUGUAGACAUGAGGGUCUCGCCAUGUUGCCCAGGCUGGUCUUGAACUCCUCACCUCACACAAUCCUCCUGCCUCAGCCUCCUGAGUAGGUGAGAUUACAGGCACAAGCUCCUGCAGCCAACUCUGUAGGUGACUUUUAAAUGAUUAUACAAUGGAAAUAACAUUCAUUAACAUUUCUGUGGUUUGAAUCCAGAGAGAUACUUCUUAUAGAAGAACAAAUGUUUAUGCUAAAAAUAACACCAAAAUGUGGUGAACUCUUAAGGACUUUUCCCUUCAAGUGUGAAGGAAGGUGUGAUGAAUGCUGUGGAGAGGCAUCUGGAACAGAAAUUCGAAAUAAAGCCUUGACAUUAAA